GUUGAAAUACGAACAAUUGACAACGUUGUGUAUCCCACAUUCAAAGAUGCGUGUAAUGCAUUAGGAUUGCUAGGUGAUGAUAAAGAAUACAUCGAUGCUAUCAUAGAGUCCAGCUUUUGGGGAACUGGGGAGUAUAUGAGGUUCUUCUUUGCUAUAUUAAUGGUGUCUAACCAAAUGUGUACACCGCACGUGGUUUGGGAAAAAACUUGGAAGUAUCUGAGCGAUGAUAUUCAGCACAGACAGAGAUUGCUUCUACAGUUUCAUGAGCUGAUUCUAUCGGAUGAUGAAUUGAAGAGUUUUACUUUGGUCGAG